AUGUUUACUCUGUUUAUUCUUCUGCUGUUUUUACCGGACUCGCUUGAUACUCACCCAUUACAAAAGGAUUCGGAUUCUUCGACGAGAAGGAGCGAAAACCUUUUGCUAACAACAGCUUCAGUGAAUGAUCCAGUGAGCGCGUUAUUGGGCGACUUUAAUGAUGUCGCCACAUUGACCCAUUGCACACUGAGAGGAGAUUGUAUGAAAGGAACGAGCAAAACGUGA